AGACGAACUGCUUGCUGAUGAGGAGGAGGUGCAGUCGUUUGGAUACAAAGGUUUGGGAUCCAGGAAGGCCCUGAAUGCACCAAGUGUAAGAUUGACUGGGCUCUGAGAGCUGCUAUAGCUCUGCUCUAUGUACUAUGUGCCCUGCUCACCAUUGCCCUGGUUUUGCUCGGACAUAAAGUGGUCCAGCGAGUGGACAACGUGACAGAAGAGAUGCAGAACUAUGGUGGGAAGGUCACAGCGGUGGAAACAGACUUGAAGAAGCUUGACGACCAGACAGGGGAGAAGGCCGACAACGCCAGCAGUGAUAUCUCAACCUUUAAGUCAGACAUCCAAACGCUUCAGAGCCAGCUAGACAACGUGUCCCAGAGGGCCUCUACUAACCGUGCUGUGCUGAAUCAGCUACAGGUCACAGGAGAGGACAUGCAGAGUAGCCAGGCGUCCCUACAGAGUUUACUGGACAGCAGCACUGCCUCACUACACAGUGUCAACACUACCCUGGCCUCAUAUGGAGGGAUAAUAGGAGGGCUGCAGACAGAUUCCACCAGGCUGCAGGACAGACUACAGGGACAAGUCCGGGAGCAGGGCAGACACGGUCUAGUAUCUGUUAAAAACAAAAACACAUUUUAA